AUGGAAGCUACGACAGGACCAAAUGCCCAUGAAAAGCCUCCGUUAGGUAUCAAGAAGAUAUACAAGAAAUUCCAGAGGCUGGACAGGGCGGCUCUAGAUCGCGAGCGAGACUCACUGGACUUCAGCCGUGACAACAACGUCGACCCCGAGGUCCGACAGUCGCAACUUCUCAAACUGUCUAGCGAAGUGAGGCAAGCUUUCGUUGAUUUCCUUGAAAUUGACAACGCCACCCUGGAUGGGACAAAGCCAUCAGAUGCCAUGCCAACGGUGUACGAAGUGGCGGCGGUGCCCGUACCUUCAGACGUACAGCUUGCUAUGCUCGAAAAGCUAUUGCUACGAGAUCUCUGCAACCCAGACCACAAGACAAACGUCCACAUCCAUCACAAUGUCCCUUAUCCUGAUCAGCGGGCGGACAGAUCAACCGCGUCGUACUUUGACGCUUGUUCAUCAUCUCUUGACUUCCAACCAAAAGACCCGACCAUACACAAGCCAUUUAACACGUCUCAGUACCUCAACAAGAAGCUCCGAUGGAUGACUCUAGGAGGUCAGUACGACUGGACAAACAAGGUCUACCCCUCUGGAUCUCCACCACCAUUUCCACAGGACAUCAAAACGCUUGUGGAGCAUCUCUUCCCAAUGAAAGCGGAGGCUGCCAUUGUAAAUCUCUACUCCCCUGGUGAUACGCUCAGCCUGCAUCGCGAUGUCAGCGAGGAAUGCGAUCAGCCGCUCGUCAGCAUCUCUUUGGGGUGUGAUGGAAUCUUCAUUGCUGGGCUUGAGGGCGAAGACGGGAAUGGUGGACCCAGAGUAGCUGUCAUGAGACUCAGGUCAGGCGAUGCCGUGUUGAUGAGCGGCGAAAGUCGAUAUGCUUGGCAUGGUGUCCCGAAAGUGCUCGAAGGGACGUGCCCAGAGUGGAUGAAAGACUGGCCAGGCAUGCACUCUGGCUCGGACGGUAGUGGACGAUUUGCUGGCUGGGGAGGCUGGAUGGCGGGUAAGAGAGUCAAUCUGAACGUUCGACAAAUGUUUGCAUGA